GAAGGUCGGCCCCGGCAACAUGGCGGCCCCCUUGGAGCUCACUUGUUGGGGAGGCGGCUGGGGUCUCCCCUCGGUGCACAGCGAAUCCCUGGUGGUGCUGGCUUAUGCCAAAUUUUGUGGUGCACCCUUGCAAGUCCAUGUCAUAGAUAACACCUGGCGAGGUUCGAGAGGCGAUGUACCAAUUUUGACAGCUGAAGACAGCAUUGUUUGUCAGCCUGCAAAAAUCCUCAGUUUUUUAAGGAGACAGAAAUACAAUGCUGACUAUGAGCUGACUGCAAAGCAAGGUGCAGACACGCUGGCUUACGUCGCUCUCCUCGAAGAGAAGCUUCUGCCUGCCGUGCUUCACACAUUCUGGGUUGAGAGUGACAAUUACUUUACUGUGACAAAGCCGUGGUUUGCCUCUCGGAUUCCUUUCCCCUUGAGUUUGAUCCUGCCCGGAAGAAUGUCUCGGGGGGCGCUGAACAGGAUUCUCCUGACCAGGGGAGCGCCCCCCCUCUACCAGCUCCAAGAGGUGGAAGCACAGAUCUACAGAGAUGCCAAGGAGUGCCUCAACCUUCUGUCACACAGACUGGGGACGUCUCAGUUUUUCUUUGGAGACACGCCCUGCACCUUGGAUGCCUACGUUUUUGGUUUCCUCGCACCGCUUUAUAAAGUUCGGUUUCCUAAAGUCCAGUUGCAGGAGCACCUGAAGCAGCUCUCCAACCUGUGUCGCUUCUGUGACGACAUCCUCCACAGCUACUUCAGGCUCACUCUUGGAGGCACCCCUCCAGCUGGGCCUGAAUCGGCAGACGCCAAUCUGCGGAAGCUCACGCAGCUGGUCAAUAAGGAGUCCAACUUGAUUGAAAAGAUGGAUGACAAGCUCCGCCAGAGCCCUCAGCUCCCUCCUCGGAAACUGCCGACACUGAAACUGACUCCGGCAGAGGAAGACAGUAACUCCUUCCAGCGGCUGUCGCCCUGAUGGCUGUCAUGCUUUGUGUGCCAAGUCAGAUGGUGGUGGUGGUGAUGGUGAUGCACACUAGAUGUGUCGAGGCAGAGAGAAAACACCUCUCAUGGGUGUAGAGAAGACUCUAAAACAAAAAGAACCUUUUCUGACUUUUUUAAAAUUAGGAUGCCUGUGUUCUGGCUUGGCCGUGUAUUUUCCAUAAUCCAGGUGAAUGCUGAGCAUUGGUGGGCAGGGAAAAAGCACUUUGUACUGUACAUAAAAGCCCGCUUUGCCUGCGGGCCACAUGUUGCUGACCAAAAGCUGAAUGUGUACUCAUCAUUUAUCCCAGCUAAUUUAUUCAGUUUAUUGACUUGAUUUUCUUAGACAAGGCUGAAUUCUAAUAUGUGGCUGUUUGGCUGAGGCUUUUUUUCCCUUCAGUUUAGGAAUCUGAUGCCUGUUAGAACAGGAAAAAUGUAAGUUACUUCAAUAGAAAAGCCUGUGUUUAAUUGAAAAAGGAGGAAUACGCUUUUUAAUUAUGCUCUCCUAAGUGUGCUCUCAUAAGUCUGGGUCCAGUACCACAUCUGUCACUGUUGAAGGUGGCCGAGGACAGCAUACUUCUGAUGAGGUGCCCUUCACUGCAACAGUGGUGUCUGCUGGUGUGUCCAGUAGGGAUCAGCAAGGGCUCUCAGCUUCGUGGGCCAACAUGGCGACUUUAGACCCGUGUAUUUGCACUGUAUCUCUCACCCGCUCAUCUCUUUCCUGUCUUGACUCCAGGAAAACUGGAUGUGGUUGAGCAUCGUCACUUUGCUAGGCUGUAAAAUCCGGGCGCUCGUGCAGUGGGUCGGCACUGCUCAGGAGGGGUGGUGGCAGGAGAGCAGAGACACCGCCGUGCGCCUGGCCCCAGGCCCCUGUGUGGGGCUUGGGCCUCACUGUUUCUAGGGCGCAUCUCACAUGGGCAGAAAGCCUCUGACACCAAUGAUAUACUAUAUACUAUAGCUGCAGUUGAGGGAUCCAAAGGAAUCAUCCAAACUGGCACAUUUUUUUGAAUAUUUCUAUUUAAUGGUGGUUGAGCUGUUGAAGGAUUGGCUGUGUGGCAGUUUGGCUUUAACAGAAACUGGCUUAUUUUAGUGGUCGAGGUGCUUCUGUUGUCCUGCAACCACUUUGGGGUUUUUAAAAUGCCUGAGCACGUUUUGCUGAGUGCAUUAGAAGAUGAGCACGAUGCUCAGCUGGUCUCACUCAGUCCCUCAGCAACGCCGUCAGGAAAGCAAGCUCUGUAGUGAGGAGUCUGCUAACGUGGCCGAGUGCGCUCCCGUGUCUGGCCUCCACUUUCCUCAUCUGUUCUGCACUGAGGUAGUGCUUUAUACAGGAGUCUUCCAGCCUUGUAAAUAUUUUUCUUGAGGGAUUUAAGUAAAUGAGAAACAGGUAGUCUUCAAAAUCUGCCUCGUCUGUUUGGAUGCAUUUAGGGAAAGUACCUAAUGAACCUGCAUUACUUCUACGGCGGUUGCAUUCAUGCAUGUGUGUGCGUGUGCCCUUUGUCUUCUAAGGCAGGUUAUUAGAGUCCAGCAAUCUGAAAUCUGUGAAGAUAUUUUAUAUUGAAAAUCAUGACCAUGAGACUCUCUUGUUGUCUAGGGUUGAUGUGUAUUGGAGAAGCGUGGUUAACACACUAAUCAGACAUCUGUUUAUGCUUUACUCAGGAUUAGUCAUUUUCAAUUAUGAUUUAUAGUAUGCCUUCCAAAAAGCAUUUGGAGUGGCUUACAAUUGUAAAACAUAUGUAAAACAGGAAAAUUAUAAUUAGUUUCUGGAAAAAAAUUAAAAAGUUGUAGGAGAAAGAACUAUGCCAGCAUUAACAGAUUCUAAAAUUGAAUGGCAAAUGUAGCUCCAAGUCAGAAGAUAAUACUGGGCUGUGAAAUUUUUUUUAAAUAAAACUGCAUAUGUCCAUGACAAAGAAAAAGGUAUCUACAUAUUUGAAGAAUAUGAGAGAUCUUGUUCUUACGGUAUGCAGGUUUCAACCAGAAAUGUAAUGUUUCAUGUCCUGAAAUUUUAAUCAUAUGAGGUCAUUUUAGAAUAGCAAGUAUUUAUCCUUUUCAGUGGAAGGGAUGACUAUAAAUAUGACUGAUUGGCUUUUUGGUCAUCCUUGUUUUCAGCUGCCUUUGGCCUUAUAUUACAUAGUCCAUGAUGCUUCGAGACUACUUUUGCUAGGAAACAAAAUGUGAUAUAGGUACGAAUUUUUAUGUGGGGCUACUUAGUUGAGCUUUUGUUAUGGAAGCAAAUGAGAUAAGACGAUGUUAUAACUGAGCACAAAAUACAUCAGAGACCAGCUUUAGGAAGCUAUUGAAAGGAAUUUUUCAGCCUGACCAGAAGGCUUGUGAUGGCCUGUCAGGAUACAGCCUGGAGGAAGUGUGAGUAUGCUGAGCUAAAUGGUCCACACUCUUACACACAGCACUGUGCACCGCUGUCUUUCAGAGGUGAUGGUGGAGAAUAAUAGGAUAAAAGGGAAUGUGCUGGUGGUGGUUCUUGUUGAUAGAAAAAGGUUGGAAAAAAGGGUCAGAUAAUUCCUCUGUGAUGAAUAUCUUCUGUCAACAAACUCAUGUAUCAAUCAUACGAAAAAAGGAUGGUUUAAAAAGCACUAAAAAAGCUGUAAAGAACAUUGAGGAUGGUCAUUUACCUAUUCUUUCUGAUGGUGUGUGAUGGGGGGAGGGAGUGGGCCUUUGGCACAGGGACACCUGCCUCCCCUGUUGCAGUGCUUGGGUUUGAGUCCUGACUGUAUUUGUGUUCCAACUUCCUACUAACAUACACCUGGGAGGCAGCAGGUGAUGGCCUGCUGCCGGUUGUCUUUGCCACACAUAUGAGAGACCUGGGUUGAAUUUCCAACUCAUAGUUUCAGCCUGGCCCAGCCCUGACUAUUGGAGGCAUCUGGGGAGUGAACCAGCAGAUAGGAGAGCUCUUUCUGUCUGCCUUUCAAACAAAAUGAUUUUUUAUCCCCACAAACAUUUGGCACUGACAAAUCAAAUUUCAACUUAGGUGUUAUUAAAUUUGUUGGGGUACUAGAGGAUUAGAGACUUUACAGAAGCGAGCAUUUAAUUUCCAUUUGUAAUUUCUGUUCAUUUAAUAUUGCUAGUUGUAUUAACGUGAAGGGGUGGUGAAGCCUAUUUGAAUCGGAGCUAUAUUAAAAUUUUCACAAGUCUGUAAAAAUGGAAAAAGCUGAACAUCAAAAAAGGGCACAAAUUAGAAAAGCUAUUUGUUAUAGUAGUUUUGUGUGAUAAAAAUGGUAUCUGAGUUUGUUAAUGCGUUUCCUCAGCACUUCCUGCAAAAAUAUGCAGCUUUUCAUAAACUCAAAAACAUUAACCUUUAAAAAUCCUACUGUAAAUAUAAAGACAGAGGCUGGGUAGGGAGUGCACCAAGGUUGCUAUACUAUUUUUGUUAUUUGCUGGGAGUCUAUCAUUAUUUAAAACAAAGUUUUCUUAAAUAAAUUCAAUAGAGUAAGCCUACCAUUAUCUACAUAAACUAUGAUUUGAGAUUUAAUGCUCCAUACUAUCUAGUUUCAGAUGAAUAAAUUAUAACAAAUUGAGUUAAAUUUAUGUUUCAUUCUUGAGUUUGAAUGAAAAAAAAAAAAAAUCCUCAGGUUUGUAACAAAUGCUUCUCUACAGACCUCUUUGGCCUUACUAGACAAAUGGCCUAACACCAAGAACUCCUUUCCUUGGGGCAUCAAAAGCCUGGGAUCUCCUAUUUCUGAGUCUGUCUUCCCCCUGGGCUGACCUCUGAGGGUGAAACGUGUUGCUCGCCCCUUGCCCGAGUCAGCUGGGCCACACUCUGGUGAAGAGGCUGAGACGUGUAUGGUGCCUUGUGUUUGAAGCUCCAAGGGAUUUGUCUUGGUUUGGUUAUCUUGUUUACUGAAGUCCUGAGUGGAGUCACAGAAAUAAUCUGCAGUGUGAUGGUGGUCUUUGGAUGUGUUCUUGGCAUUAAGAAUUGGUUUUUGUCUCUUUUUUGCUGUUUUUCAGCUUGGUGGGAUUUGUUUACUUUUCAGUGUUUUCACAUUUCUUAAGCAGAUUUUUUAAAAAAUUUGUUAUUACAUGAAAUCAGAGGACAGAUCCAUGAUCUGGUUUUCCUCAAAGGUUUACCUGAAAUUUUGUUAGACCUUCAAAAUGCUGAUGUUCAAAAUGCUAUAAAGAUGAAAUUUUUGCUUGUUGAUAUUUAAGGGCUUGCAAAAUUAAUUUAACCUCAAGGUCAUGUUGUCUGUUGGGAUGCAGUGCAUGCCAGAGGCCUGGCCACCUGCCCUGCACUUGCAGCCCUGGUGAGGGAGGCGGACAGGCACUCACAGAAGGGUUUUGUCCAGAAAGGGUGCCAUGGAUUGUUGGUGAGAAUUCCCAUUCUUGGGCAGUGCUACUACAAAGAGUGACUUUGGGUUGAGUGAGUAGAGGGUGACAUUGUGAGAUAAGAUUACCCAGAACAAAUUCAAUGUCUCUUUUAAAAAGACAGCAAAACAAGUCCUUUUAUAGCUUCCUUAUUACUCCUCUGAAAUUAGACUGUAAAAUCUUUUAAAACAUCUUCUUAAUUCCCCAGAGAAGCAGUUUCUCAAGGUGUGUCUUGGCAGAUUGUAGGGGUAGCUGGAUGGGGUCCCACAGCCAGGUUAGGUUCCAUGGCUGGGUGAGGUAGGCCCUUCUUCCUUUUGCACUUCAAGUAGGUAGCUUGUGUUCUGAGCCUCCACUUGCGGACAUGCUGCCCUGCAGUGUUUUUGCUUGUCUGUGCUGGCUGCAAAGCUUUCUUACUCUGAGGCCCCCUGCUGAGUAGUGCUGGAGUGGGAAGAGACAGGCCAGGCCAUCCCCACGUGGAGUUGAGGCGGCAGACAGCCCAGUUAUGGAGGCACUGGGAGGCCACAGUGGGGUCCCAACCCUGUGUGCCGGGAACAGCCGUCGGAGCUGAUGUGCUCAGAGGACUGACAGGGUCCUGGGUGUCCUGAGACAGAAGGAAGCAGCUUGUAAUUCCAGAACAAUUUUCUAAUUCUUUCAUGAUUGAUUUUAAAGUGCCAAAAAGGCAGUGGGUUUGAUAGUAUGAAAGUCACAUUUAAGCCAGUUCUGCUGUGAAUGCCAUGAGAAGUCUGUGCUUGCUUCAGGGGCAGAGUAAAGGACGUUCAGUGUUUCAUGUUUUAUUCCGUCCCCAGAGGGGUCAGCUGAACAAGGACUGCGUGCAUGUGCAUGUACAUGCAUGUACACAUGCAUUCUCUGGGGCGGGGCUUGUGGUUUUCAUUAAGUUCUCAGCAGAUUCUGCCCUAAAAAUUUUAGAUCUCAACAGGCCUCCAAAUGUGAGAAGGUUAACGAAAUAUGUUAUUCCGCUUCACAGGACAAAAGCCGAUCACUACACAGGCAUGGGGAUGUUGCUGCCUGUUGCAUUGUACACGGCUGUGGGUUUGGAAUCCUCCUGCCGGGUGUAACUAAGCGAAAGCUUCUUUGGUUUUGCAUCCCUGUGUCAUGAUGACCGUCCAGCCGCACUCAGAGCACUUGGGUCUUUGUUCAGAUCCCCGAGUUUUGCCCUUUCAGUCCGAGAAAUGCCUUUAAUCAUUGCGUUUACAUGGCCUAGGCCCUUGGGAAUCAUGAAACGUGGCCUGCCAGGGACCGCUGCAGCCUUCCAGGGGCUGUGCCUGCAGCAGCCGUGCCCCAGAGCGGCCGUGCUGGCUGCGUCUCCUUCAGCGAGGGCCUCCUGGUCCUGUGGAGAAGGGCAGGUGCGCUCAGGCCUUCACGACAGAGGGGUGAGCUUUCCUCCUCAUCUGCCUCUCGUUUGUAUUCUGUGAAACAGGAAGUGAUGUCCUCCUGUUUCUGUUCAUCUCAGAGUGGGCAUCUGUAAGGUAAUGAGCCUUCGGCAAGACUGACAGUCAAGACGACAAAUAAGAAAUACACAUACAUAUGCAUAAUGGUUGUUGCACCGUGCUUAUCUCUGAAUGGUAAACCUAGUGUGCAGAUAUUAUAGUUUUGUUAUAAUCUCCUUGUAAGCAACAUUAGCCAAAAUUCCAGUAUGCUAGCCUUGCCUAGUAUGAAUGUAUUUUACUCAGAGACAAUGUAUAAACACCAGAAGUGGUGAUGGUGAUCACUGUUGUAAACAUUUUUCUGAUAAAUGGAUAUAACAUCAGAAGUUAUUUUCUCAAUAAAACUUCAA